AUGAAAAUACGCGAGUUUUCCUUAACAUUUUUGGCCAUUCUGGCGGUCGUCGCGGGUGAACCACAUCGAUUCGAUAAUUAUCAAGUGUUCAGACUAACAGUUGAAGUGGAGAGUCAAUUGAAGGCUCUUAAAAGUGUUUCAACUGGCCCGAAUAGUUAUGAAUUCUUAGCUGAACCUACACGAAUUGGGCGAGACGUGGAAAUAUUGGUUCCACCAAGUCUCCAAUCGGAUUUUGACUCCCUCGUUGCGAAGAACAAAAUAAGUAAGAAGUUGUUGGUCAGCAAUUUCCAAGAUCUGGUGGACAAGGAAAGACCCAACAAAUUCGCAUCCAAAGCCGCUGAGGAUUUCGGCUGGGAAGAUUAUCACAGUGUUGAAACCAUUCACGAGUGGUUGUAUUCUCUGGAGGAGCAAUACGAAGAAGUCACUGUGAUCAAAGGCGGAACCACUUUCGAGGGACGCGAAAUCCUGGGUGUCAACAUCAAUAGAAAUCCUGGACAAAACCCGGGAAUUUUCAUUGAGGCAAAUAUUCACGCUCGUGAAUGGAUUACUAGUGCUUCAGCUACAUGGAUUAUCAAUAAAUUGUUAACAGCUACAGUUGAUGAGCCGGGAAUAAAAGGUUUGGCCGACAAUAUAAACUGGUAUAUCUUCCCACUCAUCAACAUUGAUGGAUAUCAGUACUCGCGAGAUCACUAUAGGCUCUGGAGAAAGACUAGGUCUACCUAAGGUUACAUUUGCCAAGGUGUGGAUCCCAACAGGAACUGGGAUGUGUAUUGGGAGAAGGGUGGAAUUGGUUCUUCUGAUAACAUGUGUGAGGAGAGCUUUGCAGGACCAUCAGCAU